AUAUUCCAUGCGUGCAUUUGGAUCACUGCUGCACAAAUCUUCCCACUCCUUCACUCUUCAAAGUAAAUUCCUCCCCAACACCCAGAAAUUCAGAAUUCCAGAAUUUUUUUUGUUCAUUUUUCCUGAAAAGAUCAGCUUCUGCCUUCUCCCUAGACAUGUGGGUCUUGAAUACAUCGAGGUCAUAUGAUUUAGGUCUGCAUCUUUGGAUGCAACACAGCCUUGUCGUCGAUUCUCAGUCCGAAGUCAUCUCAUAUAAAUUUUAAAGGUGGGAGACUGGGAGCAAGAUUGAAACCGAAGGUAAAGGAGAGAGGUUAAUAUCGGAAAAAGGGAAUCAAGUCAAUCAACUGAAGGGAAACGUUGCCUGCACAAACGUUUCAAUUCAGCUAUUGUUUUCUAGUUCCAGCUCAAAUCAGUUCUUUAUCCAAACACCUUUAAUUGUGUAUUACUUGACUGGAAUUCAAAUAUUUCAGCUCAUAAUCAGCUGAAAUGGUCUGCCAAACAAAGCCUAACUUACAGUUUCAAGUUUAGAAGAGAAACCCUCUGGGCAGGCAGUGAUGUUUGCUACUUCCUCUGUUGUGCAUCUUUACACACAGUAAUAUGUGAUGUUUGCUACUUCGUCAGUAUUUUUUAUGGAUUUUUUACGGAGUAUUUUUUAUUAAAUUUUUUAUUUGUAUUUUAAUUUUAUAAAUAUUUCAUUAUUUUUUAUUAUUUUCCUACAAUUUUUAUUAAUUUAUUAUGAAUUAUUACAUUUCAUUAUGAAUUAAUACCUUUAGGGAUAUUUAGGGUAAAAGAUUCAUGGUUUGCCCUAUUUGUGAAUGAUUUAGGACUAUAGUCCUAUUUUUUAUUUUUAGGCAAAUUUUUGGAAACCUAUUUACGGAGUAAUUAAUUAACCUAAUGUUUUAAUAAAAGUAGGUUUCCAAAUUUUACAUUGGCUUUGCGAUACAAUCCUGAAGGAAUUCAAACUCCCCCUUCAAAUCUAUAAAAUCACAUGCCCCAUAAUCGUCUCCGAAUCCCUUAAACUAAUUUGAAGUUUCAAAUCCGAAGUGAAUAAUAAUCAUGUCUUCUACUUCAGAGAAGAAAGUUGUGAUCCUGAGGAGCUCCGACGGCGAGGAGUUCCAAGUCGACGAGUCCGCGGCUAUUCAGUCCGUCACCAUAAAGAAUAUAAUCGAAGAAGAUUGCGGCGGCGGCGUUAUCCCUCUCCCGAAUGUCGACGCCAAAACUCUGGCGAAGGUUAUAACCUAUUGGAAGGAACUGGCCGCGGCUAAGGACGCGGCCAAUAUGAAGGAAUUCAAUGAGAAAUUCAUGGCGGAGGAGGAACAGGAUUCGGUGGUCGCGCUAAUCAUGGCGGCUAAUUACCUGGACACGAAGCCGCUGUUGGACAUUCUGUGCCAGAGGAUCGCCGAUACGAUUAAAGAUAUGUCGCCGGAGGAGGUACGAGCGUUUUUCAAUAUCGAGAAUGACUUCACCCCUGAAGAAGAGGCCAAACUCAGAUCGGAGCAUGCUUGGGCUUUCGAGUGAUUAUUUGAUUUUAUUUUGAAUGUGAAUGAUUAUUUUAUUACUGAAUUUAAUUCAACGUAUCUUUUUCUUAAUGGAAUUUAAUUUCUUAUUCUCGGAUUAUGUUUGUUUAUAUUAAGAGCAGUACUUGAUGAACACAACUUUUUGUAUACUCGUCUAUGUAUACAUCUAAUUUCUAAAUUUUCUGAAUAAGUUUUCGGUGUA